CGUCCGACGGAGCACAACCAAGCUGGUCGUAUUUCCUCGUCGGCGCAACGCGACCAGUGCCACGACCGUCCCCGUCGGAACGCCGCCGCGACGUGGGGCUGCACCGCUAUAAAUGCGUACCGUUUCGCCCACGACCGUCCAUUACGCGUUCGGCACCCUUCGACCGGUCCUACGGCUGUUGUUCUUCAAUCGUUCGGCGAUUUAUUUUUUAUUUUUUUUUUUUUUUUCCAUUUCGGGCUCGCGAACGGGUACCACCGCGGUGCACUCGUCGACAACGCUCGCUCGCCGUUGUCGAACUCAACCCCCGAAACCGAAGAUUCGUCCGGCACGCGCCCGGUGCCGCGAUGUUGUUGUCGUCGCCGUCGACCAGAUGUGUCUGCGCGAUCCUGGCCGCGCUGGGUUUGGCUCACGCGUACCCGGUAAACGAUGACGUGUCAAAUAUGCCUGCAGCACCAACUUCUGCGGCAAGUCCAGCUGUACCACCAAUCCCUUCAAGUAUUGUAACAUCUCCUGCGGAAACACCGGCUAUACCUGCAGAGAGUGUACCUGCAGCACCAACUCCUGUGGCAAGUCCGGCUGUACCACCAAUCCCCUCAAGUAUUGUAACAUCUCCUGCAGAAAGUGUACCUGCAGCACCAGCUCCUACGGGAAGUCCGACUGUACCACCAAUCCCCUCAAAUAUUGUAACAUCUCCUGCGGAAACACUGGUUAUACCUGCAGAGAGUGUACCUGCAACACCAACUCCUGUGGCAAGUCCGGUCGUACCAUCAACCCCCUCAAAUAUUACAACACCUCCUGCGGAUACACCAUCUAUACCUGUAGAGAGUGUACCUGCAGCACCAGCUCCUGCAGAAAGUCCGAUUAUACAACCAACUCCCUCAACCAUUGUAACACCUCCUGCAGUAACACCAGCUAUACCCGUAGAGAGUAUACCUGAAGUACCAAAUCCUGUAGCGAGUCCAGUCGUACCAUCAAUACCCUCAAGUGAAACAACACCUUCUGCAGAAACACCGGCUAUACCUGCAGAAGGUGUACCUGCAGCACCAACUCCCGUGGAAAGUCCGGUCGUAUCAACAGUCUCCUCAAAUAUUGUAACACCUCCUGCGGGCACACCUGCUAUACCCGUAGAGAGUAUACCUGCAGUACAAAAUCUUGUAGCAAGUCCGGUCGCAUCACCAACUCCCUCAAGUAUUGCAACACCUCCUGCAGUAACACCAGCUAUACUUGUAGAGAGUAUACCUGCAGCACCAACUUCUGUGGCAAGUCCGGUCGUACCUCCAAUACCCUCAAAUAUUGUAACAUCUCCUGCGGGUACACCGGUUACAACAGCCGUACCAUUAGUGGAAACUAUAUUAUGUCAAGAAAUAUUUCCAACAUAUUAUUAUUGUGAUACCCCUAAUGCCGUGUAUAUUGUACAAUCACCGUCUAAUAAAAUGUAAAGAAUGAAGUUGCAAUAUCUCAAUCAAUAGUUGAAUUUCAUAGAAAUAUUUAAUCAUAUUUUCAUUAUACUAUAUAUUCCUCAUAAAUAGUAUUGGCAUACGUUUAAUAUAAUUAUUAGAUAGUUUUGAAAUGUUGUUUUCGUUUUAUUUUUAUUGUUAUUUAGCACGUGUGUUUUACAAUUUGCACCCUUAAUUUUUAUUAAUCUUAAGUAUAAUUAAACGUUAAAUUAUAUGUGAUUGUUAGUAGUUUGUUGAAUUGAUUUAUACACAUUUUCCGCUCUCAAACAUCAAGACGGUUUAAUGACGAUAGACAAUAUAAUAAAAAUGUCUUCUUUGAAUUUGUUCACAUACAUAAUAAUGUAAAAUACAAAUAAUGAACGGUCA